GAUUCCACCACCCACUUCCAUAUCACGAUACAGCAAACAUGGCCGGUCCCGACUUUGACGCUCAGCAGCUCCGCGAGUCCCAGAACGACGACACCCGCGUUCUCGGCUACGACCCUCUGAUCCCUCCCGUCCUUCUCUCCUCCGAGAUCCCCGCUACCGAAGUCGCUCUUGAGGCCGUCAAGAAGGGUCGUCGCGAGGCUCAGGCUAUCAUUCACCAGCAGGAUGACCGUCUUCUUGUCAUGUGCGGUCCUUGCUCCCUGCACGACCCCGAUGCCGCCAUUGAGUACUGUGGCCGUCUGAAGAAGCUCGCCGAUGAGCUCCAGGACGACCUCUGCAUCAUCAUGCGCGCCUACCUCGAGAAGCCCCGUACCACUGUUGGCUGGAAGGGUCUGAUCAACGACCCUGACCUCGAUGAGAGUUACAAGAUCAACAAGGGUCUGCGCGUUUCUCGUCAGCUCUUCUGCGACCUGACCAGCCAGGGUAUGCCUAUUGCCAGCGAAAUGCUCGACACCAUCUCUCCUCAGUUCCUUGCCGACCUCAUCUCGCUCGGUGCCAUUGGCGCCCGUACCACUGAGUCUCAGCUCCACAGAGAGCUUGCCUCCGGUCUGUCUUUCCCCAUGGGCUUCAAGAACGGCACCGACGGCAGCUUGGGUGUCGCUGUUGAUGCUAUUGGCUCUGCUGCCGCCAAGCACUACUUCAUGGGUGUCACAAAGCAAGGUCUCGCUGCCAUCACAAAGACUGCCGGAAACCAGGACUGCUUCGUCAUCCUGAGAGGUGGAACCAAGGGCACCAACUACGACGCCGAGAAUGUCAAGAAGUGCAGAGAGGCUCUAGGCAAAAAGGGCCAGAAGGAGGUCAUGAUGAUUGACUGCUCGCACGGAAACUCCCUCAAGGACCACCGCAACCAGCCCAAGGUCGCCAAGGUCAUCUCAGAACAGCUUCGCGCUGGCGAGGAUGGCAUCGUUGGUGUCAUGAUCGAGUCUCACCUCAACGAGGGUGCCCAGAAGGUUCCCGCCGAGGGUCCCUCCGGUCUGAAGAGAGGUGUCAGUAUUACCGACGCCUGCAUCAGCUGGGAGACAACUGUCGAUGUCCUCAAGGAUCUCGCCGAGGCCGUCAGAGUGAGAAGAGAGGCCAAGAAGUCGGCCAACAAGGGCCAAUAA